AUAUUCACGAUAAAUCGUUUUGGAUAUAUCUAGCUAUUUACGUUGCUCUUGUGCUUGCAGCAGGGCUGAUGUCUGGUUUGACAAUGGGACUUCUUUCACUGGACAUGAUGACAUUGAAAGUACUUAAAGAUGGCGGAACACCUAGUGAGAAAAAACAUGCUCAAAGGAUUAUUCCAAUUGUUAAACGGCACCAUUUAUUGUUGGUUACCUUGUUGCUAGGCAAUGCAGCAGCUGUGGAAGCCAUGCCAAUAUUUCUGGACCGAAUAUCUGACCCAGUGACAGCCAUCCUGGUCUCUGUUACAGCAGUUCUAAUUUUUGGGGAAGUGAUACCACAGGCAAUUUGUACAAGAUUUGGUUUGGCCAUAGGAUCAUCUCUAGCACCAUUGGUAUAUUUAUUAAUGGGUCUAUUUUUCGUGAUUGCCUGGCCAUUGUCAAAGCUUCUAGACUGUAUGCUGGGUAAAGACCAUGAUACUUUCUACAGAAGAGCUCAACUCAAGGUAUUGGUUGACCUACACGGGGAUCCAGGUGAACAUUUAGCACACCCAGAGUCUCUGUCCAAAGAUGAAGUUAUGAUAAUUAAGGGGGCACUGGACAUGAAGAGUAAAACAGCAAAAGAUGCGAUGGUACCCAUUGAUUGUGUUUACAUGUUGGAUAUCAAUAGAAACCUUGAUAAUGAGACAAUGUCUGAGAUUCUUGAGCAGUCCCACUCUAGGAUACCUGUAUAUGAUGGUAGUCGAGACAAUAUUGUGGGUCUACUGCUGGUGAAAACACUUAUUAAAUUAGACCCAGAUGAUGCCACGCCCAUCAGGUCACUUGUAGAGAAUGGAAAUGCAAGACAAGUAUUACAUACUAGCAUGGAUAAACCAUUGUUUGAUCUUCUAAAUGAAUUCCAGGAAGGCAGAGGUCAUCUAGCUGUGGUGCAUCAGUAUAGAGGACAUGAAGUGUCAUCAGAGAGACAGUCUAGUGUCCUAGAUGAUGACCCCCACACACCAUUACUUCAAAAUAAUAGGCUAGAAGAUGAUGAUACUCUAUUGGAUAUAAGACCACAGACUGUGGGUAUAAUAACACUGGAAGAUGUGCUAGAAGAAUUAAUACAGGAAGAGAUCAUUGAUGAGACGGAUGUCUUUGUGGACAUUAAACGUCAGAUACAGGUGGCGCGUGCAAAGGCAGCUCGAGGUGACACAGUUCCUAAGCAGAGAACAACAAAGUUUAGACGGAGUGCCUCCCACCCCCCAGUGAGUAGACAGGCACAGGGUGUGGCACCUGUCCCGGACCUGGUCACCAUUAACAAGAGUACUGAUGAUCAAUUUGGGCUUCUUGUUGACACAGAUACGGACAACCUACUUCAACAUGAAGUGCUGACAUGAUUAUAACAUGGCCAUAUCGUUACCUAAGUGCAGUAAUGGGUUAAGUCCUUCUAAAUUUGAUAGGAGUUAACUAGUUAUUGCACUAAGGUGACGAAAUGUCUUAAAUCUGUACUGAAAUCCAGCCUACUGCACUAGAUUUUUGUAUCAAUAGAAUGUCUGUAGUAAGACCAUUAUAUUAACAUUGAAGCAUUGAGACAUCUUCGAACGUAGUGUGACUAAUUACACUAGUUUGUUAUUUUUGGACAUACUGCCACUGCUCAGGGUAUCAGCUUUACUUGUAUCCCUUGUGCUGGGGAUUAUUCAACACAUGUACAGUUAUUAUUGAAAAUUAAAAAAAAGUGUUAAAUUUAAAUGAAUUAUAUGCCUUUGAACAGAAAUUUUACAUUUAAAAGCAAUAUCAACAGUGAAUACAAAUUGGUGCAUAUGUAAUUUCACUGAUGUUUCGAAUAUAGGUAACUAGACUUGUGAAGCAAACUUUUGAGCAAUAUUUACUAGAGCUUUAGCUUUGUUGCUUAUUUUAAGACAUACUGAUCUCUGCUUAUCAACUUCUAUAUUCUGCUAUUGUUUCCUUUAUUUAAUCAAGAAACUAAAUGUUUUAUACAAUAAAAGUUUUUGUACAAGUUUGUUAUUUUACAGGACAGCGAUUUUAAAGUGUAUUUAGUUGAUAAUGAUAAAUAAUGUGAAAAAUUGUUAAAUUUAAGAUAGAAUGUAUAAUGAUAAUUUGUAAAAUUGAUAACUGAUGAAAUGCUUGAUAUAUAUAGACAAUCAUUAAAAACAGCAGUUACUUUUUAUAACCUUUAUGAAUCACAUUACAUGUUAUAACCAGUAGUAUAUAAAUAAUACAUAGGUUUGUGAGUAACAGUAAAAAUGUUAUCUUUUGAAAAUACUGUUACACGAGGCGUUAGCUGAUAUAUGAUAUAUAUAUAUAUGUAUAAAUCAUUUGGGUGGUACAAGUUACUCAGUAUGAAUCAUUAGGAUAUAUAUGUGGUAAAAGUUACCCAGUAUGAAUCAUUAGGAUAUAUAUGUAGUACAAGAUACCCGAUAUGAAUCAUUAGGAUAUAUGUAUGUGGUACAAGUUAACCUUUAUGAAUCAUAAGGGUAUAUAAGUUGUACAAGUUACCUUGUAUGAAUCAUUAGGAUAUAUAAGAGGUGUAGUUCCCUUGUAUAAAUCAUUAGGAUAUAUAAGUGGUACAAGUUACCCUGUAUGAAUCAUUAGGAUCUAAAAGUGAUAUAAGCUAACCCUGCAUGAAUCAUUACCAUAUGUAAGUGGCAAAAGUUCCCCGGUAUGAAUCAUUGGGUUAAAUAAGUGGUACAAAUUGCCCUGUAUGAAUCAUUAAUAAUUAUAAUUGUCAUUAAGGAUUAUUUUUUAUCUGGUCAUUCUAAUUUCAUCUCUUAUAAAAUGAGUUCAUAGUAACUGUCUUUGCAUCUUUAAGUGACAGCCAUAGAUCAACAGGUUUUUUAGUAAAUGAAGAAUUUAUCAUUCGAAAAAUUUGUUUGUCUCUCUCACAUACAAUAUUGAGUUCAGUCAAGUAAAAUCUUUAUUCAUUUUUGUUCAUCACGAUGAAAUUGAAUUGGCAACUACUGUAGAAAAAAUAUUUUCUUGAAAUUUGUAUUCUGAAACUGCCAUAUUGUUUAUAACAUAUUCACAUAAACCAAUACAAACAUGUAUAUUUAUAUUUGUCAGCUCUCAUGUUUACCAUUUAUUCUGUUAAGGGACUUAAUUAUUAGAAUAAAACAGCAAUAUGUUCAUUUGUAUUAUGUGACUUGCGCACAAAGUGUUUAUUUAUCUAUUUUCUUAUCUUAUUAUGUAAUUAAUUUAUUUUGACAUUUUCAAAUGUCUACAGUACAUAUUGAUGAUAAUGUAACAUUUAGAGUCAUUUAUAUUUUUGAUAUAUGUUUAUAUUCUUAGAAAAUUGUAUGCAUAUACAUUUUGUUCUUAAUGAGUAACUUAUCAAGAAAACCGAUUGAAAUGUGUUCUUUUAACAAAUUACUGCAAUGUUAUGAUACAUGUAUAUGGAGUUAUCCGUUUUGGAAUUGAACAUCAUUCUGUUGUAAAUUUGACUUUAUUUAAUAUUUAUUUAUACAUGUACUAAAAUUUAUCAUUAUUUUUGGUGCCAGGCAUACAUUCUAUGACAAGGUUUUUGGAAAAAUUAUCUUCAGUUUUUUUAUUUGUACAUUUCUUACUAAAUUAAAUUAUUAUAAUACACAUAUUAUGUACAAGUUUGUGCGAUCUUAGACAUUUUAUAGUCUGUUUUUGUAAACAGGUGCUUGUUGCUCCAUUUUCUGUAUUCUUUUUCUGAUUUCAUCUAUUAGACUGUGAUAUCUCAUAUUUAAAUUUAUGCUUGUUAAAUAUAUAU